CGAGCAAUUCACGUUAUUCGUGAACAUCUAGUCCUUGCUAUAACAAUAAGUUACUGUAUAUUUUCGCGUUUGUCUCUUUUUAGAUUAUUUAUUAUUUAUUAUUUUAACGAACACAAAUAUAAGAAUGUAGAACUUUGAGAAUCAAUCGUUUCCGCGCCGCAAUCCUCGCUCCUUUUCCACUUUGUAUUUACCACGCUGUCUCAUGUGAUCGGACGAGCAUGCGUACGAUAGAACUGAUGCGCGCCGCGCAUCUCGCGAAGAGGGAGGGAAAAGAAAAUAGAACUACAAAACUUGCAGGAGGAUAUCUCGUUGCAACGUCGUUGCUUUUAUGAAAAAAACUUUAAUAAUUAAUUGAUUAUCUGUUGUAUAUAUAUGUCGAAAGUCUAAAGAGAGCAUGUACGCGUGUAAAAUUUAUAAAAUUUUCUCUGCUGCGCGUGUGAAAUUUAUGUAUAUAAAAUGAAAACAAUGUAGGGUAUAACGCGCCACAACAAGUUUCAUAUAUACUUGUUAUCAAAACAGAAUUACUACUAGAGCUCUCAAAGACUCGAAAAGACAGAUCGACCUUGCGUAAAUCCUCACGAUAUGCGAGAACAAUGCAAUCUGUUGUUUUUACAACGUUUUAAAUUCGAUGGGAUAGCUUUGUGAAAAGCUCGUAAAAAUCUUGAAAACCGAUACGCGAGAGAGAAGGAAUGCUCUUCUUAUAGCGUAAGAAACUUUUGGUGAAGAACCUUUGCUUUCGCACAUUUGGAAAUUUUCCCGUUAAAUCGCGGCGGUUAACGAGAGGGGGGCGGAGACACGAUUAGAAGACAAGUAGGAUACAAUGGUGACGCAUCGCCGGUAGAGAGUACAACGUGUGUAUAUUGUAUGUAUGUACAAAUUCUCGACGUAGGGCGGAAGCAGAUAGCGACAGACGGCGACUCUGUACGUUGCAAAUGGCAGAUCGUAUGUGGUGACACUCCGUCACUUUGUUUGCAUCGCGGUGCGGAUAACAACCGUUUCUUGCGCGGAGGAAAUCAAACGUCGAGGAUCUACAACGCGAGAGAGGCGAUUCGUUGGGGCGCGUUGACCGAGCCCUGACCUCGAAGAACGCAAGAGAAAAAGAAAGAAAGAGAGAGAUAGAGAGGGAGAACGAGAGACACUCCAAGAGCAAGCGCCUAAAACGAAAGAAGGGAUCCGAGUCUCCGAAUCGAAUAGAAAAAACGAUGGCGAGACUGGUGGACGUUUUGCGGGACGAUGACCCGACGAAGCUGGCGUGCAAUCAAUUGCCCCUCAUUAUCGACGGGAACGUGACGAUGAUUAUGGACAUAAGUAACUUAGAAGCAAUUUAUGAUAGUCCUUUGGUUCGUGGCAAACAACUGGACGACUUCAUGAGAAAGUUUGAUAUGCUCACAAAGAAGGAGAUUAAGGCAUCUUUUAAAAUCACCUGCAAGGACAUAGUCGCUAUUUUAGGCCAGGCGGAACCGUGUGUCGGUUGUAGGAGAAGUGUUGAAAGAUUGUUCUACGACUUAAUGAAGUCGGGACAUCCUGCCUUAGACCCAUUGGUUAUUACUCCUGAUGGCACGCUCUCAAUAAAAGACGAGGUUCUGGAAUCGCCUCAGCAACUUUUUACAAUAUUGCACGGACACAGCGCUAGAUUAAAUAAUUUAGUAGAGAAACAGCCGAGAAAUCGAAAAUCACAACGAUGUGUGUUGCACUCUCUGGAGAUCCAACGGAUGCGUCCGCCGCCGAAUGCGUGGAGGGAAGUGUGGGAUUGCAUGGAAUUGCCGUGCAAGCAGGAACUGGCUUUGAUAGAGACCGACACGCUUGACGACACUUUGGACAAUUAUCUUCGUAAACAUAGGUUUUGCGCAGAGUGCCGUAAUAAGGUAUUGUUGGCGUCGUCUCUUCUGACCCGUGAACCCGAACCUACGAAGGAAAAAGGUUACGUGGCAGUAUUAUAUUCCGGAAUUAAACGUUGUAUAUCGGAAAAUCACGUCCACUUGCCAGCGAUCACGGAAUACAUCGGUACUCUCAUCGGUCGGGCGCAACCGGAGCUCAUGGGAAGAGAACGCCACGCGAAAACGCUAGAAAUUGCUCAAGAAGAAGUACUUACGUGCUUAGGUAUAUGCAUAGCGGAACGAUUGCACAGAGUCCACCGACGUCUGAAGGAGGGAGAAACGGUGUGUAAAGUAUUAGCCGCGGUCGCGGUGGACGCGUUAUCCAGAAAUUUUCAGAUGGCAGUCGAGGUGAAACAAGGUAUUUCUCAGUUAGAACUGUUGUACGAGGAACUCACGAGGGAGGAAAUAGCGAAACAACAAAGGCGUGAGAAGUUACGGCUGAAACGUAAAAAGAAGAAGGAACGGCGUUACGAGACGGAAGAAAAGGAAAAUUCCUGUGACUGUGCGAGCGAGAGACAAAGUGAAUCGUCACCCUGUACCUGUGCAGAAUCCAAACCGACUACGCAAAACAUCAACCGUCACAAGUUGCAGGUCUUGGAUCCUAAAAACAAAGGACCGCCGACGUGUAAAUGUCCGGAUUGUUUGAAGAAAGCGAAAGCACCGAGUACAUCGCAAUCACAAAGCAAAUCAGAAAUCGCGGUGGCGUUCUCUACGAAAAAGACGGCAAACGCAACGAAAAGCAUGAGUAAAAAGGACACAGCCGAAACGAAAACGAAACUUAGUAUAAGUCAGUCAAAGCAAAGUAACGUAUCGCAUAAAAACAAACAAUUACCUCAAGAGGAUUCAUCCGAUACGUGCGAGUCUUGUAAGGAAGGUGAAAAAGUGAACAAAAAUCAGUAUAUCACAAGGAUGACGCAUUCUGAUGACGACUGCAAAGAUUCCAGAAGAGAGGAGGAUUUGAUAGAUAGCUGGGAACGAAGUAAAUCUAGUAAAUAUAACAUGUGGAUACAAGUGACGAACUUCACCGAGAAGAAAAAACAUCAUUCUAGCGAGCAAUCGUCCCAGGAUUGCGGGUACUCUUCUGAGCACAAUAUCAGUAGUUCUUCUCUCCCUAGUACACCGGAAGGCUCCGAGGUGGCCUGCAACGAUGAAUGUUGCAAUCACGAGGGAGCUUGUCACGAUAAACUUAAUCAUUCCAGUUCUAGCAUGUCUUUAUUGAUGGACAGAGGCCUGACGCUUACGCAAAUGUUGAAGGAUUCCUAUGUCUCCGAUGACGACGAGGAAGAAAGCUAUAUUCCAGCGGAGGAAGUAUUGGAGUUCAAGUCCCGGAUGUGUCAACUCGCGAAGAAACGGCAGGAACUCCGACAAACUUUGAAGGAACGUUUUGCUAUGCUGUGCAGCCAUCAGAAACGACUUUCUAUUCUUCACUAAGAAUUCCUACUUAACUAUGAGUUUCGUGAUCCCGCACUUGGAGUCAAUAAGAGCUCUCCAGGCGUUUUGCGUUCCAACUCCUAAGGGACACACGACUCCUAUUCCGG